GCUGCGGGCCGGGGGGCUCUGUCGCGGGGGUGGGAGUGGCGCCCGGCAGCGGCACCAGCGGCCCCGGGCGCGCCUCGCCUUUCUGAGGCGCCCGGGGCGGCGGGCGGCAGGUUUGGAGGGACAUCGUUCUCAGAUACUGAGAAGUCUGGACUUUUUAACAUCCCCUUAACUUAGAAAGGAAUAUAAGGACUUACAGGGAAGCUGUAGCUUCCUUGCAAUUAUUUUUUUUUUAUUUUUACCUCUUGCUUCUUCUGGGGUUUUACCCUGAGAACCACCAUGAGCACAACUCAACGAAAGCGCCGCGGAGGAGCAGUUAAUUCUAGGCAAGCUCGGAAGCGAAACAGGCUGGUGGCUUCUACUGCAGAAAUGGCCUCGGAAGCAGAGCCAAUAGAACUUGAAGAAAGUGCUGGUGAAGAAGUCGUAGACCUCACAUGUGAAUCUUCUGAUCCUGUAGUUGUUGACCUAACUCACAAUGAUUCUGUUGUGGUAAGUCAUGAAUGGCACAGACAAAGGAGAAAUCUCAGACUAAGAAGCCAGCGACAGUCAGACAGCUGUGUACUGAGUAGUGAUGAUGAAGAUGAAACAAGAGAUAAUGAUGUGUAUGUAACAGAUAAAGUGUCUCGAGAAUUGGGUCCCCUGGAUGAUGAAACUGCAAGUUCAAAGCCGUCCGGUACCGUUAGCUGUCCGAUUUGCAUGGAUGGCUACUCGGAGAUCGUGCAAAGUGGACGACUGAUUGUGUCAACCAAAUGCGGCCAUGUCUUCUGCAGUCAGUGCCUCCGUGAUUCCCUUAGGAAUGCCAACUCCUGCCCAACCUGCAGGAAGAAACUCACUCACAGACAGUAUCAUCCCAUUUAUAUAUGAGUGCUUCUAUUUCUCAGGACAGACUCAACUGGAUUUGUGGGGAAAAUGUCAUGUUUUCAGUUCUCGGAAGAUUUAAAGAGCAGCAGGUUGUGCACACAUCCAAAUAAAACCUUUUUUUUUUUUUUGAGAAUAACUUGUACAUAUACAGACAGCUCUUUUUGUGGUCCAAGCUGCUUCUUGUCAUGUCCCUGGUUAUAGUGUUAAUUUUGACUGUCUCUAAACUAGACCAGCAGCCUGUAUGAGAAAGGAAGCAGCUAAUCCAUUUCCUUCUACUUUUUUUAAUGCUUAAAUAAGAGGGGUCUGAAUAUUUUGUUAUUUUUCACUCUUUAAAUUAUUUCCCCAUCUCAUACAGAUAUGGAGUAGUUACCUUUCAAAACACAGAUGAGCAAUCUGCCAUUUCUUUACCCUUUUCUUUUUAUCCUAGAAGAAGCUCAUGCCUGUAUCGCUUUCUGCUAUACCAUCUUUGCCCAAGUCAAGUAAGUUCUGUACUGAUGGAUCGUUUUAUCACAAAUCAAUAUUAAAUUGACAACCAGGGUAACGCAAUAAAAUAAUCUGCUGUCAACCAGCAAUCACGUUUUUUAAGCUAGAAGGCUUGAACAUGUAGAUGUCUUUAUGAACUCCAUGAGAUCUGAAGUACGUAGACAAAUUGCAACAUGUACAAUGUGAAAAACCUUCUUUGAAUGUUUUAACUGCCAAGAACUCCUGCAUUUGCAUCACUACACGGAAUUUAUUUUCUAAUGGGAUGAGAUGGUCUUUUCAGUUUGCUACUGUUCGAUAGUGCUCCCUCCUGAUAACUGAGGAGAAUAUAGUCUUCUCUGGGCUUGCUAGUGAUGAGUAAGAAUGUUAUGCUUUCCUCUUGUCAGCUGAAUACCAAACUACCUACAGAUCUUCCUACUCUAUCAAGUGUACCCAGCCUAAUGCUUAAAGUCCAGUACGUUCCCUUUGCUGUUCUCUUCACUUGUUUUACUGACACCUGACUGGUCCAGAGGAAUAAAAAUGAAAUAACUCUAUUGCUGUGGAUUUAGGAACUGGAGGCUUUAGAAGAUGUUUGGUUGCAAUCUUGACUUGGCACCUUUUUGAGAGAGAAGCUUAAUCUCCCCUUGCCCUGAGGUUGUCUAGUUUUCCUUAAAUGUGCAUUUUUAAACACGAAGAGAAGUCAGAUACAUGUCCUAAGAGAGAGAGUUCCUCUGUUGAAGCAAGGUUUGGGAUAACUUUGGUUCAGCCCAGUUAUCAGGACUAAGCAGUUUCUGCAGUGUGGCAAUAUGGUAACUACUGAAAAGUUACACACGUGUAGUCCCUGUGUGUUCCCAUUGGUAAUACAAACUACAAGCGAGGACUGCCGCAGGCCUGGGAUAGUGCUGGGACAACAACGGCUGGAAUUCGGGUUCCGAAAAACAGGAACGAUGAAACAGUACUAAAGAUUGCUUAAAUUAGUGUUAAUUGCAUGAAGUGGCCCAACAUGAAAACUGUCAAGGUAUUUAAGGGCCACAGAAAGAGCUUUCUCCCAAUAGCUUAAAAAAGAAAAAAACCAUUUGUGGCCAGUUUCCUUGGGCGGCUGCGGGAUGAGAGGGGCGAUGAGAAGAGGAUUUAAGGAAUUACUUCUGGGGCGAGGCUUGUGUCCAUGCAUCUUUCACAGUGUACUAGCCAUAGCCUAAAAUGACUUUGCACAAAUCCCUCCAUGUAAAUAUCACUUUAUAGUUUGUGUCUCAGUAACUAGAUCUAACUGAAAUUUAGAUACCACAAACUAUAAAAUAUUUAACAAAGAAGGUCUUAGCUUUUGUGAAGUACCCGGUGAAGUACCACAAAUUUUGUGCAUCUCAGAAUGGAUUUUAAGUCUCAGUACAUGGGAAAAAUACUAAAUUGUGUUACAUGCUUUUUUUUUUUUAGCCCUGAUAUAGUUGAGUUCCGGUAAUGUUUCACAUUGGCAAGAAGUGAUAGAUAAUAUAAAGAUUUUUUUUUCAUUAUGUAAAUGUAUGUCUUCUUGUAUAUAGUUCAAUUUUCCUGUAUUUAAUUGUAUUCAUGUCUGUCUGUCCCAUCUAUGUUGGACUCUGCUGGUAGGCAAACAGUUCUUAUAACAAGUGGAAAUAAAACUAUUGAUUUGAUCAA